AUGGCUGCCAGGCGACUACCACAGCCAUGGCUAAGUUUUCGAAUAGCAACAGUAAUACCUACGAUCAGUUACAGCGAUUUCCCGACAAAGCUCUCCAAACUUCUGCACUUGCGAGCUGCUACAGUGUCAACACGUCAACAUCGAGAAUUAAUGGUUUCCAUUACUACACUACGACUGGGGCUGGAGCCCAGUGGUAUCCCUGAGGUCCCCUCAGGGUCGAAAACCUUGUCUCCAAGCCCCCCGCCUGAUCCCUCUACCCAUACAGGAAUGGAGAGCGGUUUUUUGGGUAACAUUAUACCCGAAUACAAAGGGGAGGCGGCGCAUACUAUCCCGGAAGAGUGUGAGAGGCUCUUCUGCGACACAUUGUCUGUGAUUUUCCUUGGUGAGGGGAUUAUCUCUGGACAAGAGUCGCUUGGGACAGAUGCGUAUCAAAUUCAACCGAGCUUAGGUUACGAGCAUAGUCGAAUUCAAGAGUGGGUUGAGGUGUUGGACUAUACAAGUGAUUGUAUCUACCGAGGAUUCGUGACCAGUUCGAGUGACGAGCACGCCCUAUUCAUAUUCUUUAGUGAAUGUGCACUUGGCCAAGGUCUCAAGACUGGAUUAAUUGCCCUUUUUGAGCUAGCAAGUCUCCCUGAAUUUGGGUGCUCUCAGAUUGUUGCAUGCAUUCCGCGUUCGCAAGAUGCAGCAGAGCUCGAAGUUAUCAUCAGCAAAGGCUUCACUGGUCGCCAUGGACGUGCGUAUCUCGUGUCGGCGGAACCUAUCGCCUGUGCGGUAUCUACUAGUACAACGUCCUCACCGACAGAGUCACUCCCAAAUACCAUAAUGCAGAAACCUGUAUCACGUCAACUAGUCACAGGGGCCCAUACAGUCAGUGAUAUCAGUUGUGCUUUUUGUGGGAAUAUUCUUGGAUGGAAAUAUGUUGCCGCUGAAGAAGAAUCGCAACAUUACAAGGUUGGCAAGUUCAUUUUGGAAACCAAACGGACCGUGACAUCCUCCUCAUGGGAGUCGGCUUCAUAUGUCGGGCCUGUUGCAUCGUCUGGACCAAUGACUUCUGCAAAAGUGGAUGUCGGUACACCGGGCGAUUGUGUAGAGUUCGAUAGCCAGGACGAAGACGAAUGCGAAGAUCUGUUUGCCGGUGUUUGGAGCCCUGGGCUGGCUAUACGGCGGCGAAGCCGGAAGUUAGAUCGUCAUACCUCGAUUUUUGGCCUUACAUCCUGA